UUUUGAUUGGGGUCAUGUUGGUUCGGGACUCUUCCUUACCGUUGCCCUUAUGAUACUUAAUAGUGUGGCACAGUGAGUCUUUCUUGAAUUGACCGGUGGAAUUGAGGAAUGAUGCAGGUGUCAAGAAAGAGCAGAAUGGAUAAGAUGCAGCAGCAACAAAGGGCAUGGGAUAAUCUACCUAGCACAGCUCUUGUGAAUAUAUUCUCUAAAUCCUCCCUCAAAGACCGCCUAUGUAACCUCCCCUUUGUCUGCAAAUCGUGGCUCAAUUCCUCUCGACACCCUCACUGUUGGGCCUCUUUCAUCCCAGACUCUUGUUCUGCUGUUGAUGCCUUUAUUAAAUCUAAGGCAGCUUUUGAUGGUAGACGCAGCAGCGAUCCUCAAGUUGGCAUUCUUGGUCUUCAAUCUCUAAUCGGUAAAGCUGGGGGUGGAGCCGCCCUCACCUCCCUCUAUUUCUUCCCUUUCCUCACUUCUCUUGAUGCACCUCCCAAUGACGACGCUCUUCUUUCCCUCAUCGCUCGUUCCUGCCCCAAUUUGAAGCACCUAUCAUUUCAUGGAUCCUUCCAUGCCUCGGAAGAUGUUUUAUUGGAAGUUGUACGUAGCUGUCCCAAUCUGGAACUUGUGGACUUGUCUGAUUCACCAUACAUCAUCCCCUCAAUUUUAGAAGAGAUGGGGAUCCAUUGUCCCAAUAUUAGAGGCAUUAGACUAAACGGAAUUGUGCAACCUCUUCUCUCAUCAACAAUCAUAAAAUGCUUCCCAAAUUUGAAGCUUUUAAACCUUUCUGAUUCAAACAUUGGUGACAGAGACCUGCUGACCCUUGUGACUGGUUAUUCAAGACUUGAAUAUUUGGAUAUCAGGCGCUGCCAAAGCUUGAUGCUCUACAUGUACAUUAUUAAGGGAGCUCAUCGUCGAAUUGCUGAAAUUCACUAUGAUUGAGUCGCUGAUGGUUCUCCAAUUCUGCUGGUAGAUAGCUAAUUUGGUUCAGAUAAGUCCUAUUGCUAUUAUUCUGCAUAACCAGGCGUAAAAGAGAUUUGUAUUGUGUGCAUUAACAAAUAAGUUGGUGAUCAUGUGUAGUAUUAUUCACAGUUCCUUAGUUAGAUAGAUUAUUGACUUGCAGCUCAUACAUUUUGCAAUUAGAAUUAUAUAGCAUGGAUGUGAGGAACUGGAUGAACUGUUGGGAUUAAAGCAGAACUUGCUGGCUUAUGAUAUAUAAUCAUAUGUAUUAUGUAUAUGUAGUAUAACGUUUUAUGUCACUCUAUCCCCACAAGUGUUAGCAUUCAAACAUGGAGAACUGAAAGUUCACAGGA